UAACAACGCAUUUKAAAAGAAAACUAUGAAAAUAAUACAACGAACACUUCUACUGACAAUAACAUUUCUCGGAUCUAUCCUUUUUGUUGUGGUAAAGUUUCGGUGUUUUACUUCUCACCGAAAAGAGGAGCGACUGUCACCGAUCAUCUUCGUUGGCGGAUUUCCUCGAAGUGGCACAACGUUAAUGAGGGUUCUACUAGACACUCACCCUGAUAUAAGAUGUGGACAAGAAACUCAUGUCAUCCCAAAGUUUCUAYUACAUCUUGGUUACAUUAACAGAAAGCGCGAGAAAAGACGCUUGAAUGAAGCCGGCGUGACRGAAAACGUCCUAGACUCCGCCGCGGCUUCUUUUAUCUUUCAAAUCAUAAAAAAUCACGGCGCACCAGCGCCAAUUCUAUGUAACAAAGAUCCUUUAUCACUACGAAAUACUACCUAUCUUUCUAAACUUUUUCCUAAUGCUAAAUUUGUUCUUAUGGUACGAGACGUUCGCGCUGUAGUCCAUUCUAUAAUCUCAAGAAAAGUCGUGAUUCGGGGACUGAAGAAUCACACUUACGAGGAUUUGUUCAGGAAGUGGAGUUAUGCAGUUGAGAAAAUGGAUAACCAAUGCACUGCGCUGGGACGUCGAAAAUGUUUAUCUGUAUAUUAUGAGCACCUUGUGCUGUUUCCAGAGCGGACUAUGAAAGCAGUGUUUGAUUUUGUAGGUGUCAAAUGGAAUGACCGCGUUUUACAUCACGAGCGACUCGUGGGAAAGCCGAGGGGACCUGUUGUAUCAAGUCUUGAGAAGUCCAGUGACCAAGUGAAAGAACCAAUAUACCAUUCUUCAUUAUAUGGGUGGAUGGAUGGGCUGCCUGUAGAAACUUGGAAAUAUUUGGAUGAAUUGGCACCAAUAAUGAAACAAAUGGGAUAUGAUACAGUGAGCCAAAAACCUGAUUACCAGAAAAUGGCAGUUAAAUUAUAGCUUACAAUUUGCUUUCUAUAUUUACAUUAAAUUUAUUUUUUAUAUUACAAGGAUAUUUGAAAGCUUGCAUAUUUUUUCUGUUCAAUAAGUUAAAAUUUAAAAAAAAUAUAAAAUAUCAAAAGGAUACAAGAGGUUUACUAGCCUGUGUACAUUUGUUCCCACCCCUCUACGGAUGUACACAGACUUUUAUUUUUCAUAAUGUGAUAAUUUUGAAUGGAUGUAAAUACUUCGUUUUCACACAAAAUAAAAACAAAAAAUUCCAAUUAAA